ACAUGCAAAUUUUUUGAUGGAUUUUUGCGCGCUGAAGAGGCUAAACUAUCCUUCGUUUGUGUUUGGCGUGUUUAUAAUUGGAAGUUGUUCAAUUACGCUCUCUUAGUCGUUUUGGAGUUUAAGGGAACUUACUUUUUAAACAGGAAAAACAGAGCGGAAGACGUUUUGGCUUAAAAAUCGCCGGUUUGAAGUCUGUAGCACGUGGAGCACCGGCAUACACGUUCAUACUGACUCAAACCACAAGGAUUUCUAAUUUACACGCACUGACUGUCGUAGUAGCCCAUGUUAUUUGGUAUCGGAGUAAAAUAUACACUCUAUUCCUGGCGAAAGGAUAUUCGAGAGGCAAAUGUCUGUGUUUCUGGUCAUCUUCGUCGGCGUGCUGCUUCAAUCUAAAUGUAGUAUAGCAGAAGGUAAGUGACUAUUUUGUUCAUUGUAUCCUUUACCAGCUUGACAUCGAACUCAUCUUAUCACGAAAUGAUCAGAUCCGAACAGCCUAAAGUAUUUUAAAUCCACAUUGCUAAGAAUCAUCUUUCUGACGCCUUCAGGUCAGUGAUAAAUAGACGUGCAAUGUGGUUUUAUAUACUCCGCUAGCCAAAAAAAACCACUCAAUGCACACAGGGUAGUACGAGAGCUGCAAACAUACUAGCAGGAAUACAUGACAAACAAUAAUUAUUGUAAAUAAGCAAAAGCCUUUGAAAUUUUAUUUUUAUCAUAGUAAGAAAAUAUUAACGGCAUUGCAUAAAACGCCUGCUAAAAAUCGGAAUAUCUACAGAUUUGUAAAUAUUCUUAUUAAAUGAAAAAAAAAAUUCUUUAAAACAUGAUCAUUAGCAGAAGCAAAAUUCUCAGAGUAAAGCGCUAGUUGUCCUAAGCGAUUUAACAUUUUUUUUUCGCUAGAUGCGAUCUGAUUAGUGAUGACAGGUGAAUUUGUUGCCAACAUGCGUGAUUAUUCUCCAAACACCCCUCGCUGUUCGUCCUUUUUAGUAGAGUACAUUUCUUGCAUUGUUUACUUUUAAUUUUGGGAAUUGUACAAUUGUUUUUUGAAGGAAGUAACAUGCUUUCAAAUAUUUUUGUAAUCACCAAAAACAUUUUGAAUAAGUGUAACGAAAUAUUUCAAAUAUGGUUACAAACGAUUAGGGAGCGAACGUCAAUUAUGCAUAAUGUCCUCUUUUAAAUGAGGUUUGAAAAACAUGCUUUUACGCAUUACUAUGAACGUAUUUUAGUCCAAUUAUCAAGUUAACAAGUCCUCUUUACGCUUUUUCAAUACGUAAAAAAGAACUCUUCCUCGCUUUCACUCUAGAGUGAUCUCUUGUUCUUUAGUUGAUAAGGCAACCAUAACUACUUCUUGAUUCGUUAAUUAAUUCCGAAAAUAACUAAAAAUAAAGUUAAAUUAUUGGUGAUUCCUUGGAUCGCACAAUUGUAUUGGUUGAUGAAAGAGGAUAAAAUUUUUAUAAACACCGAGCUGCUUUCAGAAAUGAUCGCAGGGGAGCUCACUUUGCUUAAUAGAAGACUUGAAAACAUUAUUAACGCGAUUCGAGUUUAUUAAAGGUUAGCUGUUAUUCAGGGGUCGGUGAAAAUCUUGCAAAAUUAACAGUGUUUCUGCUGCACGAAUGGAAACUUUUACACCUGAGUUUGAACACCAACAUGCAACUUCCGGAUUUGACUACCACAACGUGGCUUCUAUAGCUACAGCAUGAAGAAUUAACAACAGCAUGGUGCAAAAGCACAGACCAUUGAGAUCGAAGGAGUAAAAUUAUGCCAUAGAAGUUUAGGAAAAUUGAUAGAUUCACACUGAGGAUAGGACCGAUGGAUUUAACCCUUCCCCUUGCAAAAGUAGUUAAUACUUUACUUUAAAAUAAUCGAGACAAACAAGCAAAUACAGUAAUACCGUGGAAAAGUCCUGUCAAUGAGGAUUGAUCUGAAUCGCCAAGUUGGGUUUCGACAACAGAACACUGACGCUUAUCACCUGCCUACGUGAGAAGUACGUCUUCGGAUAUCCCGAGGGGAAGUUGCUCAGUCGGGUCGGUACGUAGAAACGGCGCGACAAAAGUCUUAGUGAUUAAAACCUUUCGUUGUACGUUAGCCCUCCCAAAUUAAGUUUCUGCCCUGGAUCUUCGAGGAUGGUGAACUGAAAUACUGCUUUUAGGAGAUUUCGUACUUCAGUCAUCCACAGACUGGUGUAAAACAUUUGAAAACAAAGAGUUUAGAAGAUCUCCCAUUCAGUUAGCCUAAGAAAACAGCCGACAUUUCGAGACGACACCAGUUGUUUCCCCUUCGAAACCAUGGCUGGGCACAAUAUCUCUUCCAGCCAGUUCGAGCCUAAACCAUGGCCGGAUGGCCGGGUCAUUUUGUGGGAUGUUUACACCACGUACCUACCUUUGCGGAGAAACCAGGACCGCUGACCAGUGGUGGGGUCAAGAAAUGUCGGUUGUCUUCUCAGGAUAGCAUGUAGGGGAAUGGUGUAUUCUGGGGGGUGGGUGGCUCUCUCAACCUAACACACCUCGAAAGACCCUCAAAGACUACUAAACUGUAACGUACAAUCCUGUGAACUGCAAAACAUAUUUUACUCUGUAGAUGUGCCUGAAAUCCUAAAUAACGGAACGUCACUAGAUACUGAAGAUAACGACAUAGCACAUAUCACGUGCUCAUCACGUGCGGAUCCUCCACCUGUCAUUCGAUGGGAGAAAAAAGGAGUAGAGGUCAAAGACAGAGAUGAAGGCGUAGCCAUUUUGUCAAGAAGUAACGCUAGCCUAGAGGAAAGUCAUCUGUUUGUUGCUGUAACCAGUAAUGAAAGAAGAGGGGAAUAUAUUUGCAUUGCAACCAAUGAAAAAGGCAUCUCAAAGCAGGCUUUUCUAAUAACAGGUAUUGUACUUUUAAACCUGGGGACAAUUUAAUAAAACUUUUACAAGUGUAAUUUACAAAUGCAGUAGCCAUUGUUUUAGAGUCUGAACUGAAAAUAUACAUGUACUUAAGAUUUGUUUGGGUUGAGAUUUUAUUGGAAAGAAUACAUUUCUUUUUUGAGUUAACUUCUCCGAUUAUUCACACAGGACGGUGCAAAUCUGCCCUCUUUUUGCACAAACCAAUAACGAAGAGGAUCUCAAUUAUGGAGUUAACCGUUGCAUGGCUGUGAAAAGGCCAAACGUUUUAGACGUUGGCAGGAGCCUAUCAAUCGGCCUUAAAAAUUAAAAUUUCCCUAGCCACUACUUUUUAGUUAAAGAUUGUGGAAAUUGCUUGUUACGACUUUUUCGGCAUGUGUCUCGUGGUUGACGAACCCUUUUUAAGCCAGUGCCCAUCCAAGAAAGGUCCUUACAGAUCGUCCUCCAAUGUAAGGUAAUCCGAAUUACGGGAAAUUUUUGCUUCUAAAAUUUGGAAUCCUGGGCUCUGGAAUCCGGAAGCCAAGCUCCACUGACAAGGAAUCCACAAUUCAGAACCUGGAAUCAUAAUAUGUAAUCAAGAAUAAUUUUCUUAGAAUAGGGGGAAUGAUGAUAAAUCAAAUUCAUUAAAUCUCUAUUUUCAGGAAAGUCGAAAGGACUUUCAAGGGUGGACAUUGCUGCGAUAGGUAUCUCAGUUGGAAUUACUUUGUUUUUAUCACUGGCCAUCGGUUUCUUCUUGUGGCGUGGAACUAGAAACAAAAACCUCGCGAAAAGGAGGGAGAGAAUAAGGACAAUAUCAGAGAAUUCCGCACAGGUAGGUUGAUGUUACAUUUACUGGAGAAAAGGUGUCGGCUAGCUCCGCGUAGAGGCUCCCUAGGAAAUAUCUGCUCUUUGUAAUCUGCCCGUGUGGCUUCCUCUUUAGAAUUUCGAAGGAAACAAAAUGGCAGAAGAAAAGAAAACCGCUGCUCGUUCAUAGCUGUACCAUUUUGUUGUUGAGUAGUGGAUAUUUCAGUAUUCGGUUGUUGCAGGGCUCCUGGUUGUUGUCAUGUUUGAACUCGAGGCUGAGUAUUUUCUGAUUAAUUCACCUCCCCCCCCCGCCCCCCAAAUAAUAAUAAUAAUAAAAAACAUGACAUAGUGGAUAGUUGCCGAUCGACUUUCUGCGAGCCAUCAAAGUCCGUCAAAUCCUAACGGAACCCUUGGCCUAAGAUUGUGUAGGGAUGGCGGAACACUUCUUCCUGUGGGGAGGGGGAAGGGAGAUCUCUAGUGGUUUGAAGCAGGGAAACUAAAGAGACUUUCCUCCUAGCAAUUCUUUAUUUUUCAGAAAAGGUUGGAGUGAAUGAGCUUUACCCUCCCCCCCCCCCCCCCAAAUCUCCCCGGCUUGCCCCGUCUCCGUUGGAAAUUGAAAAUUCCGCCUCGCAGGACUCGCCAUCAUGCGUCAUGCUUAGCAGCCUGGUUUUCUAUUCGUGAAAGCUCAAGUGGGCGGAAUAUAUUCUUUUUACUUCUUUAGCUGAUCGAUCGGCUCCAACUUGCAACAACUAACCAAAAAAGGAAAGUUAAAGAAGCCACUUGCUCUUUAUUUUCCCCCAAUUAAACUUUGGUCAAGUAACGUCGCGAAACGAAACGUAAUCAGACUAAUCAUGUUAGCUGGCUUAAUUUUGUGUCUGCUCGUUUUCCCCAGGUAAAUGGCGCCUUAAUUGAAGAAAGCCAAUCACCGCCCAAGGAAGGCAGGAAUGGUGUUAGAAAGCCAAAAAAGAAUGUAACGACAGUUUGAGAUUAGUCAAUUCUAUGGAAUGUGGGACACUUUUGUCACGAAAAAUUAACGAGUGCACGGAAGCACACUAAGAAUAUAUAAUUUUUAAACCACUAGGCACAAUCUUGCGCGUUUUAUCUAAAUAUAGAUUUCACCGACCUCAUCUGCCCCUGCUAAGAACCUACUCAGCUCUGAUUGGCUCAAAGUUUAUUUGGCGCGAACACAGGAGCUUACAGGGGCCCUCUCCUCCGUACAGGCCUCGCGUACGAUUACAGACAACUCCACUCUGUCCUAUUACCAUUAUUAACUUUGUCUGCAGAGCAGGCGACUUCUUGGUAGGCCAUUCUCAUACGAAAUUCUAACUACAUGUAUUUGUAAUAACUAUCUACAUUUACAACUCAUGAAAACCAACACGGACUCAAAUUAUGGCCAAAAAGGUAUCAGCUCGCUCGCUUGGCAAGAAAAAACGUCUUCUACGCCUUCUACUCAGUAAAAAGGAUUAUUUUUUUAGAACGAGGAGAGUUCUGCUGCUUACGUAAUAUAUAGUAAAGUUAUAUAAAAAUAAUCUGUAUGAAAGGAUUCCAACAGUUUUAAAGUUAACACAGUUCUAGGUUUACCA